AUGAAAUCGGCAGAGGGGCAGAAACCCCGAAUAAAAAUCAUUAAUAAAGAAGACAAUGGCCGGAUAAGUUACGUCAAGUGCUUUGGAAACGAAGAUGGUAAUGAACUUUUAAAUGUGGCCAAUGCAGUGGAACUCUUCAACAAAUACGGAGAAGAUGCAACUAAAGCACUCGCUAUUUUUGGUAGUGGCUGUUCGACUGUCAACCGACCGGCGAGAUUCUUCGUUCUGAAGACGGAUCCUGGAACCCCUAUCCAGCCUCAACAACUUGGAGCCACUCCAGUUUUCAUUUUGCCGCAACAGCCCGUGAAAAAAUUCUCCCCAAUCCUUCCCAGACCGGUCAAUGAACUUCGACCUGGGGGUAGCGGAUCUCCGUCACUGGUUCCAAAAACUGAACUAGUAGCCGGCUUCUCUGGUGCAUUAAUAACGGGAAAAAUGGCGCCGAAACCGAUUGCGCCUAAGAUCUUGCACGAUGUUCAACAAGCCCGAGUGGAGAAGCAGCAGGAAGUAGAGAACGAAAAUGAUCGUUGGAUGCAGGAUGAAAUCGAGGCUGUAAAGCAAGAAACCGAUGCAACUGAAGAGAUGGUUCAAGACUUAGCCGAAACGCAUGUUGUCAAGCAGGAAGAUAUCCAAGUAGCAGAAGACUGUUACGUGCAAAAUGACAAAGUGGACGAGUUACUGCGUGCUUGUAAAUUUGUUGAAGGCGGACUGGACAAUAGUUUUGAUGAUGAAAUACCGAUUCCACUUGAGAAUUCGAUAGUUGAGUCGACAAAAACAAGACAGGAAGAGCCUCCGAAACCAGUGGAGCUUGCAAAACCACCAGAAGAACCCGUAAAGAAAAAGAGAGGAAGGCCCAAAGGAUCGACCAAGAAAAAGAUAGAAGAGCGAAAGAAGGAAUUGGAGGCCCAAGGAAUUCAGCCGAAGAAGAAAGCAGCGCCAAGGAAAAAGCUUGGUCGACCACCAAAAGCCAAACCAGCGGCGAAAACAGCGAAAACUAAGAAGAAAAACUUCCCGAUGCCAAUUCUAAUGCCAGACUCGUCAAGUUCCUCCUCCGGCUCAGACACGGAAUCAUCAGAGCCACCUUCAUCUUCGGACUCCUCUGAAGACGAAGGGCCUCGUGUUAGCAAAAUCAAGAUGCCCGGAGAGUCGUUAGAUAAGGUUAAAAAGCCUUCCAAUGCGGCGAGAUUAAAGACUCCUUCCAAGCCAGAUCCUCCGAUGCCACCUCCAAAAGCAAAAUCACCACAGCGGGAGCAACCCCGAAAGGCCUCACUUACGAAGGAGCCCCCACAGCUCAACUCAAAUUUGAAAGCGCCCCUCAAAAAAUCCCAAACAACUAGUAAGCCUGAGCCGGCAAAGAAGACCGUACCCGUCAUCAGUGAACGAAUCAAAUUUUAUAAGACCGUGGAGCAGAUCGGCCACGACAAGCUUGAGCCUACUGGCUAUAUUCCUGGACAACUUAUUCAAGAAAUCGAGCAAGCCGUGAGUAAAGGGUGUAACGGUGUAAAUGAAUUCGCGCGGAAACUUGUUGGGAUGAAGACAAUGGGCCACGAAGGAAAAUUCAUUAUUUCUGACGAAGUGAAUGGAAAACUUGGAGAGAGUGCGUUAUGCAGAGCUGCUUCCAUACGAGUUGCCAAGGGAGGCCCUUCUCUUAUAACAUCGCUUGUUCAAAUCGCUGGAGCCGAUACGCAUCAAACUAACUCGAGUGGAAAUACGGCACUGCAUGUUGCCGCGGAGAAUGGUAUUCCUGGAAACGUAGCCACACUGCUCAGUUUCAAAGCGCCUAUCAACACUCGCAAUAACAAAAAAGAGUCGGCUCUGUUGCUGGCUGUCAAACGCGCAACUAAAUUUGAGAAGCUUUACCUCAAGAUGACGGAUAUGAAAGACUUCAAAAAUGAAUGGAACGACGCCUUUCGGUGCGUGGAAAUGCUCCUUAGUGCGGGUGCAGCUAUCGACAAACACAUAAUGGAUGCAGCGGAAACAUCAUCUGCUGCUGACCUUCUGUGUUUAUAUCACUAUACGAUAGUCGAAAAUGUCUAUAUGUUCGCAAAGAAGACACUUGGAAAGGCAAAUUUGACGGUGCACGAUAAGCUUCUGUACUCAACAACAAUUGUCCCUCGCGAUCAAAAUGUUUUUGAAUUCACGAUUGAGCCGGUUGAAUUUUUAAGGCCGUUUAUGUUUCUGACGCUCUUCGCAGUUCAUGGCAAAUUUGAGGGAUUCUCAUCUGAUCUAGAAAAACUAAAAGAUAUGCGACUCUCUGGUAAUCCAUGUUUGGUCAGAGAUGCCAGGUGGCACCAACCAGAUAAUCACUCCAAGAAGUUCAAGAUUAUAUCACUUGAUGGAUUUCCGAGCUAUUCUGUAUCGGGCCCCUUUGAACCGGGCAAAGACAUUGACAAAUAUGAGGACUGCGUGGACGAUGAACAUUUCAUAACAUUCUUGAGCUACACUCCAUAUCGUGAAAAUAAAUAUACUCUAUCAAUUGCGCCAGCGCAUUGGACCGACGAAAUUCUUUUCCUUGCAGUCUACCCAAGUGAUAUCCAGAUCUCUGACGCAACGUUCCAAAAAGGCGCUCCAGAAAUUUUGCGCCAGAAAGAACGAGCUUAUGCAAAGUGGGAAAGAGCGAUAGAACGGGCCAGAGUCGGCAAGUACCAUUGGGAGCGAGAAUUCCCAGGUGAAGAGUGCCCUCUUUUUCGGAGGGGCGUCAAUUUGAACAAAUUAAAACACUAG